AUGGGAGCUUCAAUCAUGAAUCGACGUCAAUUUGUCGUGGCCGGCUCGGCAGCCGGCGCUUUCGGCCUCGUCGGGGGCUCGUUGCCCGCCGCCGCCCAGGCCCAGUUCUCGAUCGCCACGGGAACCACCGGCGCCGUCUACUACCCGCUGGGUGGCGCGAUGGCGAACAUCCUGAGCAAGAAAGUCCCGGGCUGGGCGGUCACCGCCGAGGCGACCGCGGGCUCCGUCGCCAACAUGCACAUGAUCCGCGACGGCAAGGUGCAGAUGGCGCUGACCCAGUGCGAUACUGCCUAUGACGCCAUCAAGGGCCUCGACAAGUUCGUCGGCAAGCCGGUCGAAUCGCGCACCCUGGCCGUGGUCUAUCCGAACCUGGUGCACUUCGUGACCAUGGAUGGCACGGGCAUCAACAAGCUGUCGGACAUCAAGGGCAAGCGCAUCUCGACCAGCGCGCCCGUGAGCGGCUCCGAGGUCAUGGCGCUGCGCAUCAUCGACGAACUCGGCCUCAAGCUCAGCGACAUCAAGCGCGAGCGCCUGUCGCCGGCCGAGAGCACGAACGCCAUGAAGGACGGCAAGCUCGAUGGCUACUUCUUCAACGGCGGUCCGCCGGUCGCGGCGAUCACCGAUCUCGCGGCCACGCAGGGCAUCAAGAUCAAGCUGAUCUCGACUGCUGAACUGGUGCCGGCGCUGAACAAGAAGUACGGCCCGGUGUUCGCGGCCAGCCAGAUUCCGGCCAAGGCCUAUCCCAACCAGGAAGCGGCCGUGCCGGUGAUCGCCAUCUGGAACAUCCUCGUCGUGCCGGCGACCAUGAGCGACGAUCAGGCCUACACGAUCACCAAGACCCUGUGGGAGAACCAUGCCGAUCUGGUCGCCACGCACAAGGCGUCGACCGACAUGACGGCCGAGAACCAGAAGACCGCGAAUUCGUCGGUCCCGUUCCAUCCCGGCGCGAUGAAGUACUUCGCCGAGAAGGGCAUCAAGCUGUCGUAA